GAUCGGGAGGGAUGUGCGCAUGCCCGCGGCGGCCAUUACGAACGCACGUUCGAGUUUUCAAAUUUCAAGAAAUGACAAUUCCAAAUUCAAAUGAAAAACUAGUGCUUUAAAAUAAAAUAAAUACUUUUGUUUUUAUAAACUGUGUCUAACGUGCCAAAAGAAAAGUUUAAAAAAAGUGUUUAUUCGAGUUUGGAAGUUUUUCAAAGGAUUAUUUUUACGCUUUUGUUUUUGGAUUGGCGCUGAAGGAUACCGUCUGAAGAUGUCAAGUGCUUUCAUUUCCACUUCCGGUGAUGCGGCAGAAGCGGAAGUUAAAGAUCGUAUUAUCGAAAGAGACGCGGGCUUCGUUUCUGGCGGUGAAGAUGACGACUCCUGCUCAGGGCCGGCCCACUCUGACGACUCCGGGGUCCGUCUGGUUGACCCUGACUCCCGUGGCAAGAGGGAUCGGAGCCCUUCGCGCCAACCACCCAAGAAAAGAAUACGCCUGGGUUCCAGAGAAGAUCUUCAAAGCCCAGAAAGCGACGCCGUGAGUCCAUUCAGGCCUUGGUCUCUCGCCGAGCCUCAGAGCGAGCCACUGUCCUUAGUCAAGAAGACCAGUGAAACAAGUCUUUUAAGGCAGAGGAGAAGGCCUCUAGAAACUCCCCCGCCCCCGAUCCUCCCACCACCAGCUCCAGAAACAAGACCUGGCCCGCCUAGAGUACCUGUGCACCCGGGAGUAGUCGAUUAUCAAGACAAAAACAAACCCAGAGAGCAGAGAAAUUACAAGAACAUGACAAGAGAAAGAAGGAUAGAAGCCAAUGCUAGAGAGAGAACGAGAGUACACACUAUCAGUGCUGCUUUCGACACCCUGAGAAGAUCAGUACCAGCCUACAGCCAUAACCAAAAACUAUCAAAAUUAUCCGUCUUACGGAUAGCGUGUGCGUACAUCGCUGCGUUGUCAGCAGCCAUAGACCCCGAAGCUGAUCUAGAAUCAGCAGUGGAAAGUGUCACACAAACAAUACACACAGAAGGGAAGUUGAGGAAAAAGAAAGACGAAUCUUAAAAAGACUGUUCUAAUUGGUUAAGAGACUAAGAGAAGAAGAAUCGCGUGAUAACCAGUCAAUUAGAGAGCGCGUUGGAAAGUCUACUCACACCUGAUUGGUCGCCGAUCACGUUACUUUUACCAAUAGUUUUAGACUCUAAUACCGUCCUAAAAAGCCUCUCUCAAUAUUGUUGUGGUAGUACAAAAAUGACAAUAAAUUGGAUAGUAUUGACUAAAACUAUUUAUUGAAUUGGUAAUUAGAAGCAUUUGCUAAGAUUAUAAGUAUUAUGAAGAAUCUCAGUAAUCAGCACAAGUUCCUGUUAAAAUAUUUUUGUACCUUUAGAUCUCUGUUAAUUUAAUUGCAGAAGACUGCAAUUCUGCAUACGUCCUUGUGAUGUGAGCUCGAUUUCAUAAACAUUGCUUCUUUGCAAGUCACUUAACAAUGUUAGCCAUGGAAGUAUGCUGAAUACAGCAUAUAGCAGCUUGUAAUUAAAAAGAAAACAAAAAUGUCACAACUUGUAUGAGAGAAAGACAGUCUAGUUCGAAAUAUAGCUAAACGCCAGUAUUAACCAACAAUAAAAGCGGUAAAGAUCGAUUUUUUCUGAAAGAAAUAUAAUGUAUUUUGGCUUUAAUAUAAUAUUUAUCACAAUCGAGUCAGUAAUUUUAAGAGAACUGUAUAUUUUUUAGUGAGGGUCAUGAUGCAUUUUGUAAAUAGUCUGUAAAUGCCUGUGUACAGAUAUUUUAGUAGAAAUUAAGGUUAUAAAGACGUAGACCAGAAAUUCAGCGGCUGAAAAUUUUGAAAUACUUAUUUCUUACGGGAUAUUAUUUGGAGGUCUAAAACGACCACAUCAAAGCAAUUCCCCUAAAUAGCAAUAUUGCAAUCUGACAUUUGCGCAUAUAAAAAUAAGUCCGCAAUAUCGACAAAUGUCAAAUAGCAAUAUUGCUUUUUUGGGUGAAUUGGUUCAAUGUGGGCUAUUUAAACCCUUUAAAAACCUAAUUAUGUAUACGCAAAUUCUUUAAUUGUUUACUGUUUCCUAAAAAAUUAAGUACGUAUUUAACAAUAUAUGGUAGAUUCUGUUUUAUGUUCAUUCCACUUUUUCGUUAGUAAAUCUUAAAAACCCUAUUUAAAUUUAGAAAAUGCUAACAGUAACAAGUGAAAUGGUAAAAAAUACUUAUUUUUUUUUAUAAAUUCGUGACUCAUUUUCUUUUUUUUAAUAUUGCCAUAAUCCCGUACCACUUUGAUGCAUAGACUAUCUAUUUUCUUGUUUUGACAUUUGACUAGUUUUCUAUCGGACCUAUGAGAAGCCUCCCUAUGGAAUUUUCUUACGAUAUUUCACCUAUAGUUGAUUCAAUUACCAUUUUACUUAGACAAUAAACUAUGGAUAUUACUACAGUAUACUUGUUAUUCAAAUAAAUAAAUGCCUUGAAUGCGUAUUGUGAUAAACACGAAGUUAAUGUAAAUAUUAGUUUUAUCAUCGCUUGAUGAUGUUGAUGACGGAAUGAGAUGAAGAAAAAUAAAUGAA